UGUGCAGCCACGGGCGGCGCUGUCCUGCUGCUCUUCGUCAGUGGAUCAGUGAGGAAAAUGUCGGAGGGAGUCGAUCACAUCGAUAUCUACGCCGACGUAGAAGAGGAAUUUAACCAGGAACAGGACUACCCAGUGCACGAGCAGAUCGACUUGUAUGAUGAUGUCAUAUCACCGUCAGCCAACAAUGGAGAUGCUCCAGAAGACCGUGACUACCUGGACAGUCUUCCGGCUCCAGGAGCGGCCGAGGAGGGCAAGAGAUCCCCUCCCAAUUCUGUCUUCACAUACACGGGCAAAAGAAUAGCGCUGUACAUCGGAAACCUGACAUGGUGGACCACAGACGAGGACCUGACAGAGGUGAUCCGGUCGGUCGGAAUCACAGACGUGCUGGAGAUCAAGUUCUUUGAAAACAGAGCCAAUGGCCAGUCCAAAGGUUUUGCGCUGGUCUCUGUGGGCUCCGAGUCGUCCUCCAGGAAGUUGAUGGAUCUUCUGUCGAAAAGGGUGCUCCACGGCCAGAAUCCUGUUGUGACACCCUGCAACAAACAGUCACUGAGUCAGUUUGAGAUGCAGUCACGCAAAAGUAACCACUCUGGGCAGAUGUCAGGAGAGGGCAAGGCCGGACCCCCAGGAUCUGGCUCGCGUGGAGGUUUUCCUCCGGGUAGUCGUGGAAGAAGCCGCUUUCCUGGUGGCCCCCCUGGACCUGGCAGUGACCGUUUCCAGGGACCCGGUGGGCCUGGAGGUCCACCUCCACAUUUUCCUGGCGCGGGCAGAGGACCAGACGGCCCCCUGAUGGAAAUGAGUUUCGGUCGGAGCUGGCGAGACCGAGGUGGACUGCAGGGCCCCCCGCGCCCCCCUCCCGGUCCUCCUGGCCCACCCGGUCCUCCUGGACCUCCGCCUCCCGGUCAGGGACUCCCGCCUCCCAUGCCUGGCCCACCCAGCCGGGGUGACAGACCCCCUCCCCCGGUCCUGUUCCCUGGCCAGUUUGGCCAGCCGCCUCUGGGCCCCUUGCCCCCCGGCCCACCGCCUCCGGGCUACGGUCCCCCUCCUGGCCCACCGCCCCCACAGCAAGGCCCCCCGCCGCCAGGACCCUUCCCUCCUCGCCCUCCUGGACCUAUCGUGCCACCAAUGGCGUUGGGACCCCCUCCUCACUUGGCAGGUCCGCCUCCAGGUGGUCCACCUCCGGCCCCCCACGUCAACCCUGCCUUCUUUCCCCCUCCUGGGAGCAACAGCCUGCCCCCCAACGAUAGCCGAGGACCCCCAGGACCAAACGACAUAUAUGGACGACCGCCUCCCUACGAAAGAGACUACGGUCCUGGAAGCAGGGACAUGGAGUCCUCGCGGGCCCCCUUGAACGAGGCAGAGUUUGAGGAGAUCAUGAACCGCAACAGAGCCAUUUCCUCUAGCGCCAUCUCCAGAGCAGUGUCGGAUGCCAGUGCAGCCGAGUACGGCAGCGCCAUCGAGACGCUGGUCACAGCCAUCAGCCUGAUCAAACAGUCCAAGGUCUCGGCAGAUGAUCGCUGUAAAGUGCUCAUUAGCUCGCUGCAGGACUGUCUGCAUGGCAUCGAGUCCAAGAGCUACGGCUCCGCCUCCAGAAGAGAGCGCUCCAGGGAGCGAGACCACAGUCGCUCCAGAGAGAAGAGUCGCCGGCACAAGUCCCGCAGCCGGGAGCGCCACGAGGACUACUACAGAGAGCGCAGCCGCGAGCGGGACCGCCACCGCGAGCGGGACCGGGACCGCGAGAGGGAGCGGGAGCGAGAGUACCGGCAUCGCUAGAGCGGCAGUGACACUCAACCCUGGUCCAGACCAGAGCCGGAGCCAGACCGGUGUCAGGUGAGUAGCGCAGGUGAGUGAGCCACAUUUCUCUUCCAGGAACGCACACACACUCGCACACUGAGGCAGCUCCCGUGUCAAACUGACGCUCGUGUCUCC